AUGAGGGUUCUUGGGUUCAUCCCGUUAAUUGUUUUUGUUGUAUUUGUACUCUUAGAACUAUUCAUACGUUAUUUCCUUUUGACGUGCUGUAAGAAUAGGAGCAACGCCACCACCACAACCAGCAUCACCGCGGAAUCGCCGAUCAACUCUGACAACGAGGCAGUUGAAAGUGGUGAACAAUCUGAAUUUGAGUUGAAGGUCGUGGUGAUCAAUAAUAAUCAUCUGGGAAGUGUGAGUGAAAUUGCUAAAAGCUGCUCCGAUUGCACGAUUUGCAUGGAUAAUUUGGAUGGAGAUGGUGUUAAUGUUCUUAAUGAUGAUACUAGUAAUAGUAGUAAGAAGGUAAUUUUGUUGCAAUGUGGGCAUAGGUUUCACGCUGAGUGCAUGGGAUUGUGGCUCAUGGAAAUCAGGAAGAACAAUAAGUCCGACACUUGCCCAACUUGUCGCCGUGACAUACCGAUCAUAUACCUCGAGUUACCUAUUCCUAAUAAUAAUAUGAUUGAGGAACAAGAAGAUCUAAACUUUUCAGAUCAAGAUGAUAUUGUAUAA